GAGGAUAGACAUGAAAUGAAGUUUAUAUUUUUUCAGGUUGGUAAACAAUUGGCCAAGAUUGAAGGUCCAUAUGCUUCUGCACUCCUUCAACAGUGGUAUCAUUUCUGUGAAAAACCUCCAAAGGGGUUUGAGAAAUACUUUCGAGGGGCAGCCAACAAAGGCUCAUCCAGUAGUACUCCACAGCAAGGAAAAAAAGAUGCUCCUUCCCAGGCAAGGCAGGCCUCUAGUAAAUCACCUCCAACGAAGGAUCCUUUCAACAUGAGCAUCUUUGGGUCUGGAAACAAAUCUAGUGGUGGGGGAGGAGGAGGCAGAGCCGGUGGCAGCGGAGGUAAGCCAUUUGGAGAAGGUAGUGACCGUGACAGAUGGAUGGCCUUCGCAACUUUGGGGGCUAUAGGUUUGAUUGGUGUCGCAGCAUAUUACCAGAUGGGAUACAGAGAAAUUACGUGGAAAGAAUUUUCAAAAGGAUACUUGGCAAAAGGAAUUGUUGAGAAACUAGAAGUAAUCAACAAGAAGUGGGUGAGAGUGAAGCUCAUGCCUGGGAAUCAAGUGGAAGGAGCUACCACAUUAUGGUUCAGCAUUGGUUCUGUUGACGCAUUCGAGCGAAAUGUUGAGACUGCUCAGAUGGAGUCUGGAAUUGAGCCCACCAACUUUGUUCCUGUCGUUUAUAAAAAUGAAUUGGAAGCAUCGAUGAUUACAUCAUUUUUGCCUACACUUCUUAUUAUAGGAUUUUUAAUAUUCAUGAUGAGACGAUCAGCUCAGAUGAUGGGGGGAUCUGGUGGACGGAGAGGUGGGGGUCUCUUUGGAGGGGUUAUGGAAUCUACAGCAAAGAUGGUGAAUCCUGCUGAUAUUGGCGUCAAAUUUCAGGAUGUUGCAGGCUGUGAAGAAGCAAAGGUUGAAAUUAUGGAAUUUGUAAAUUUUUUGAAGAAUCCUCAACAAUAUACUGAUUUAGGGGCAAAAAUUCCUAAGGGAGCAUUAUUGACAGGUCCUCCUGGAACUGGUAAGACCUUAUUGGCCAAAGCAACUUCUGGUGAAGCCAACGUUCCUUUUAUUUAUGUGUCUGGGUCAGAAUUCCUGGAGAUGUUUGUUGGUGUCGGCCCAUCCAGAGUCAGAGACAUGUUUGCAAUGGCACGUAAGAAUGCUCCAUGCAUUCUUUUUAUGGAUGAAAUUGAUGCUAUAGGAAGAAAACGUGGUGGGAGGAGUUUUGGUGGUCAUUCUGAACAAGAGAAUACAUUAAAUCAGCUUUUAGUAGAAAUGGAUGGCUUCAAUACUACAUCAAAUGUAGUUGUCUUAGCAGCCACUAACAGAGUAGACAUAUUAGACAAGGCGCUUCUCAGACCUGGAAGGUUUGACCGUCAGAUAUUUGUGCCGCCCCCAGAUAUUAAAGGACGUGCAUCAAUAUUCAAAGUUCACUUAGCCAAUUUAAAGACUGAAUUAGACAAAGCAGAUUUAUCAAGAAAGAUGGCAGCAUUGACCCCUGGUUUUACAGGAGCUGAUAUAAGCAAUGUUUGCAACGAAGCAGCCUUGAUAGCUGCCCGUGAUGAUGAGAAGUCUAUUAUAAUGAAGCACUUUGAAGCAGCUAUUGAGCGCGUAGUGGCCGGCAUGGAAAAGAAAACUAACGUAUUGCAACCAGCAGAGAAAAGAACUGUUGCUUACCAUGAAGCUGGUCAUGCAGUUUGUGGUUGGUUUCUUGAGCAUGCUGACCCAUUGCUUAAGGUCUCAAUUAUUCCACGUGGUAAAGGUCUAGGAUAUGCCCAGUAUCUUCCAAAGGAACAGUUUCUGUUUACUCAAGAGCAGCUUUUUGAUAGGAUGUGUGUAAUGCUUGGGGGUCGAGUUUCUGAGAGCAUUUUCUUUAAUGCUGUUACAACUGGUGCUCAGGAUGAUCUCCAGAAAGUUACAAGGUCUGCAUAUGCACAGGUUGUGCAGUAUGGCAUGAACGAACGCAUAGGGCAACGUGUGUAUCAGCUUCCAGAACCAGGAGAAAUGGUAAUGGAGAAGCCUUACAGUGAAGCAACGGCACAAGCAAUAGAUGAAGAAGUGAAGAUUCUUAUUGACAAAGCCUAUUCUCAUACCGUAGAGCUUCUGACAGAAAAGAAAUCUCACAUUGAAAAGGUUGCAGAAAGAUUACUAGAGCGAGAAAUUCUGAGUCGUGAUGACAUGAUAGAACUUUUAGGCCCACGACCAUUUAAGGAGAAGUCUACGUAUGAAGAUUUUGUAGCUGGAACAGGUAGUUUUGAAGAGGAGACCGAAUUACCCAAAGGCCUUAGGAAGUGGAACAAGACAGAACAAGAGGUAAAGGAAGAAACAUCUAGUAGCUAGUAAAGUAAUAAUUGUAGAAUUGUAUUUGAAGGAACUUCCAAGGCACACAUUUCCAAGCCUGAAUAAUUAUUUUUAGUAUGGUAAAUGCCAUUGCAUGAUCAAGGGCUUCGGCAUUUUUUGAGGGGAGGGAUGGAAUUUUUUUUUUUUUUUUUUAGUCACGUUAUUCUUAACCUUAAAGAUAUAUUCCCAGUAAUGCUUAUAUUACUGUAGCACUUUGUAUAUAAAAAUGUAUUUAUUUUUACUGUCAGGCUAUAAUAAAUGCAUAUUUGUAAAUUAACUGUACAAAGAAUCUUUAUAUGCAGUAUUAAGGAGUUGAUUGUGUUUACUUAUUAAACAGAAGAGGAGUA